UUCUCCUUCGACUUGGUCUGGAAAUACCUCUCUCGACGCGUAGUAUUGGCUGACUGCAUGUGCAGAAUAACAGAUAAGAGCAUCACUAUAUAUCAGACACUGGCAUGGAUCGCUCAGCUUCUCAGCAAACUGGAAGCAGGUUCAAGUCAACUCUCACAUGCACAAGUGACGCAGAUGUUGGGUUUUCUGGCUACGGCUAGACGAUUCUUCGAUGUGAUUAGUUUUUCUCUUUAAAAAAAGUGCGGUCGCGUUGGGUAGCGCCGCAAGUCAGUACCUUUCACGAUCUACUUUCGGUCUUGAAUCGCAUUCUCCACCAUUCGCUUCAGGUUCGCUUGUACGCCGUGCGCCACCUUGCAAUAUCCGUCUACUUUGGAUAUAUGUACAUGAAUUGGAUUACCAAUGCCUUUUCUGUAUCAGGACGAGCUUCGAUGCAUGUGUAAUCUGCACUAUGCUGCUAUUUAUACGCCCGACAGCCCUGGGGAGAUCAGCGUUCUCUUCCUCUCUCCCAUCGCAAUCCCCUACAAAGUGAUUAGUUCUUUUUACUCCUGACAUCAUCUUCAAGGGCGACUAUGGGCACAUUGUCGUACAUUACAUUAUUCGGUCUGACAGCCUUGUUUACUGCAUUCUACCUGAGAAGGAAAGCAAACAAUCCGAAGAAGCUUCCGCUGCCUCCAGGCCCUCCUCCCCUUCCCUUGAUAGGUAACCUCUUCGAUAUGCCUGUGGCAGGGACUGCGCCGUGGUUGACUUUUUCCGCCAUGGCCAAAACAUACGGUGACAUUGUGCAUCUCAAAGUUCUGGACAAACAUACCAUAAUAGUUUCGUCAUUGGAGACUGCCUCUGAUCUGUUUGAUCAACGAUAUGCGAUCUAUUCAGAUAGAUUCCCUUCCGUCAUGGUUUCUGAGCUGAUCGACAUGCAUUGGUCCGUUGGUCGAAUGAAUUACGGCGACAAGUGGCGCAGACUUCGCAAGGUGUUCCAUCAUUACUACAGUGCGAGUGCUAUCCGACAAUACGACGGAAUUCAGUUUGAAAAUGUCCGCGCCUUCCUGAAGCGACUUCGCGACUCGCCAGAAAAGUUUCUCAUUCACUCGCGAUUUGUAUUUGCUGCCUUGAUAAUGAACGUCACUUAUGGCGUACAUAUCGAAGACGAGCAUAAUAAGCACCUUGUCGAAGCGGAAGCUUGGCAACAUGGAUUCAAUCAAGCCAUACAACCUGGCCACUUUUGGGUAGAUUAUCUGCCCAUUUUGAAAUAUGUUCCAGCUUGGUUUCCAGGAGCAAGUUUCAAGAGAAAAGCUCUGCGCUGGCGACAACAUAUGUACAAUGCUCGGGAUGGCCCAUUCAACGAAGCUAAAGCUGCCUUAGCUGCAGGCAUGCCCGUGCCGUCAAUCGUAACGGAUGCCUUGGAGAACAUGAGAGGUAGCCUGGAUGAAGCUGAACAGGAAUUAAGAACCCGGCAUAGUUUGGGUACUGCGUUUGGCGCCGGAGUUGAUACAAGUGCUCCCACUCUCCAAAUUUUUUUCUAUCUAAUGCUCACAAAUCCCGAUGUCCAGAAGAAAGCACAAGCGGAGCUUGAACGAGUGAUCGGCUCCGACAGGCUCCCCAGCCUGGACGAUCGACCCAACCUACCCUACGUUGAAGCUGUAUUGAAAGAACUACUGAGAUGGCAUCCUGUCAUUCCUCUUGCUCUUCCUCAUGCCACUGCAACCUCAGAUGAGUACCGUGGUUACCAUAUUCCGAAGGAUGCUAUCGUCUUGGGUAAUGCCUGGCAUAUCCUGCAUGAUCCAGUCCGGUAUCCCUGCCCUGAUGAAUUCCGGCCUGAAAGAUUCCUUACUCCCGAUGGCGCUCUGAAUUCAGAUGUCACUGAUCCAAGCGUAGUUUGUUUUGGCUUUGGUCGAAGAAUCUGUCCCGGUCGGUAUCUGAGCUUGAACUCACUGUUCACUGCAAUUGCAUGCGUGCUGCAUACGUUUAGUAUAACUCCCAGCACGGGUGAACGCGGGCAGCCAAUCAAAGUAGAGCUUCGUAUGCAACCCGGUAUGAUAUGUCAUCCAGAAUCAUUCUCUUGUUCGAUUCAAGUUCGCUCUUCAUCUGCUGAAUCAUUAAUUACCGGUUGAGUCGGAGCCCUCCCUUUGGCUCAUGAAUAAGAUAUCGUUUUGAGCACCACACACGGGACCAACGGAAAUACUACUAGGGAAAACAGUUUAGCCGAGGAUCUGACCUGAUGUUGCUAUCUUUAAUUAAGUUCAUGGGUCCCAGUACCCAUAAACGCGUCUCCUUUUGGUCUUCAAACCGAUACACGCCGCUCACCAAGCAUUCGAUAUGCUCUGCGGCGCAACGCUUGAACAGAAAAAAAACCGUUAAAUAUGUC